UCCCAUUUUAAAAGCUAUUGGAAGACACUCUGCCACCCUCUUGGAUUACUUCCCAUACGACUCAGCAUGUCACUGUGCCCUGGAUUUUACAAGGUGGCCAUGAUUUAAUCCCCACUUCCCACUCCUAUGUAUUGGUGAAGCACUGGAGCUCUUUUGAGCUGCUGUUACUCCCGUGGCAGCUGAUCUGUCUGCAAUCCCUUCUCCCAAGGACUAGACAUUGCCAGCAAUGAGCUCCCAAAGCCAUCCAGAUGGGCUUUCUGGCAGAGACCAGCCAGUGGAGCUGUUGAAUCCACCUCGAGUGAACCACAUGCCCAGCUCUGGGAGCCCACGCUGCGGGAGCAGCAGCUGCAGCAGGAGCUGCUGGCCCUCAAGCAGAAGCAGCAGAUCCAGAGGCAGAUCCUGAUCGCGGAGUUCCAGCGGCAGCACGAGCAGCUCUCCCGGCAGCACGAGGCGCAGCUGCACGAGCACAUCAAGCAGCAGCAGGAGAUGCUGGCCAUGAAGCAUCAGCAGGAGCUGCUGGAGCACCAGAGGAAGUUGGAGCAGCACCGGCAGGAGCAGGAGCUGGAGAAGCAGCACCGAGAGCAGAAACUGCAGCAGCUGAAAAACAAAGAGAAGGGGAAAGAGAGUGCAGUGGCAAGCACAGAAGUGAAGAUGAAGUUGCAGGAAUUUGUGUUGAACAAGAAGAAGGCUCUGGCCCACCGGAAUCUCAACCACUGCAUAUCCAGCGACCCUCGCUUCUGGUACGGGAAGACGCAGCACAGCUCUCUGGACCAGAGCUCCCCACCCCAAAGCGGCGUCUCCGGCACCUACAACCACCCAGUCCUGGGCAUGUACGAUUCCAAAGACGACUUCCCACUCAGAAAAACAGCCUCUGAGCCCAACCUGAAGCUGCGCUCCAGGCUAAAGCAGAAGGUGGCAGAGAGGAGGAGCAGCCCCCUCCUGCGCAGGAAGGACGGGCCCGUGGUGACGGCGCUCAAGAAGCGCCCGCUGGACGUCACAGGUACGGCGGACUCUGCAUGCAACAGCGCUCCUGGAUCCGGUCCCAGCUCUCCGAACAACAGCUCCAACAACAUCAGCACUGAGAAUGGAAUUGCAGGAUCAGUCACCAGUAUCCAGGCAGAGACGAGCCUGGCUCACAGGCUCGUCAACCGCGAGGGCUCCGUGACGCAGCUCCCGCUCUACACCUCGCCCUCCCUGCCCAACAUCACCCUGGGACUGCCUGCCACCGGCCCCUCCAGCGCGGGCCAAGCGCAGCAGGACGCAGAGAGGCUCGCAAUCCCAGCCUUACAGCAGCGGAUCUCCUUAUUCCCUGGCACUCACCUCACUCCCUACCUGAGCACUACAACGUUGGAGAGGGAUGGGGGAACUGCACACAACCCUCUCCUGCAGCACAUGGUCCUACUGGAACAGCCAACUGCACAAACGCCCCUGGUCACAGACUGGUAUCUUUCAGGACUGCCCCUGCACGCACAGCCCCUGGUGGGUGGAGACAGGGUCUCCCCUUCGAUCCACAAGCUGCGGCAGCACCGCCCGCUGGGGCGCACCCAGUCUGCUCCCCUGCCCCAGAACGCCCAGGCCCUCCAGCAGCUGGUCAUCCAGCAGCAGCACCAGCAGUUCCUGGAGAAACACAAACAGCAGUUCCAGCAGCAGCAGCUGCACAUCAGCAAGAUCAUCUCCAAGCCCGCCGAGCCGGCGCGGCAGCACGAGAGCCACCCCGAGGAGACGGAGGAGGAGCUGCGCGAGCACCAGGCGCAAGCCCUGCUCCUGGAGCAGCAGAGGAUCCACCAGCUGAGGAACUACCAGGCGUCGCUGGAGGCGGCCGGCAUGCCCGUGUCCUUCGGGGGACACCGGCCCCUGUCGCGGGCACAGUCCUCCCCUGCCUCAGCCACCUUCCCCAUGUCCGUGCAGGAGCCUCCCACUAAGCCAAGGUUCACAACAGGCCUUGUGUACGACACCUUGAUGCUGAAGCACCAGUGCACCUGUGGAAACACCAACAGCCACCCUGAGCACGCAGGCAGGAUCCAGAGCAUCUGGUCCAGGCUCCAGGAGACGGGGCUGAGGGGCAAGUGUGAGUGCAUCCGUGGCAGGAAGGCGACGCUGGAGGAGCUGCAGACGGUUCACUCGGAGGCGCACACGCUGCUCUACGGCACAAACCCUCUCAACAGGCAGAAACUGGACAGCAAGAAGCUUCUAGGUUCCCUCACGUCGAUGUUUGUCAGGCUGCCUUGCGGUGGUGUCGGGGUGGACAGUGACACCAUUUGGAACGAGGUGCACUCGUCGGGCGCCGCUCGCCUGGCCGUGGGCUGUGUCAUCGAGCUGGUGUUCAAAGUGGCCACAGGAGAGCUGAAGAAUGGGUUUGCUGUUGUCCGGCCCCCGGGUCACCACGCGGAGGAGAGCACACCCAUGGGUUUCUGCUAUUUUAACUCCGUGGCAAUCGCAGCCAAGCUGCUCCAGCAAAGGCUCAACGUGAGCAAAAUCCUCAUUGUGGACUGGGAUGUCCACCACGGGAAUGGUACCCAGCAGGCCUUCUACAACGACCCCAACGUGCUCUAUAUCUCACUCCAUCGCUACGACGACGGCAACUUCUUCCCAGGCAGCGGCGCUCCAGAUGAGGUUGGCACAGGAGCAGGAGUUGGUUUCAACGUUAACAUGGCAUUUACUGGUGGCCUGGAUCCGCCCAUGGGAGACACGGAAUAUUUAACUGCCUUCAGGACAGUGGUGAUGCCCAUUGCCAACGAGUUUGCCCCAGAUGUUGUGCUGGUGUCGUCUGGUUUCGAUGCUGUGGAAGGGCACCCCACACCCCUGGGAGGAUAUAACCUGUCAGCAAAAUGCUUCGGGUACCUGACGAAGCAGCUGAUGGGGCUGGCCGGGGGCCGCGUGGUGCUGGCCCUUGAGGGCGGCCACGACCUCACGGCCAUCUGCGACGCCUCGGAGGCCUGCGUGUCUGCCCUGCUGGGAAACGAGCUUGACCCUCUUCCAGAGAAGGUUUUCCAGCAGAGAGCAAACGCUAACGCCGUGCAUUCCAUGGAGAAGGUCAUCGAGAUCCACAGCAAGUACUGGCAUUCCCUGCAGCGUUUCGCCUCCACGGUGGGAUAUUCCCUGGUGGAGGCCCAGAAGUGUGAGAACGAGGAGGCGGAGACGGUGACAGCCAUGGCAUCGCUGUCGGUGGGUGUGAAGCCGGCGGAGAAGAGACCUGAGGACGAACCCAUGGAAGAGGAGCCUCCCCUGUAGCAGCCACCUUGGAGCUGGAGUUCUCCUGUCUGUUCGUCUUCGUCUUGAAGCUCUGCCAAGAAGCUUUCUCUUGUUACUCCUGCGUCCUGUCACGGUUAUUUCCCGAACACGGAAGGACAGCCAGGUGUAAAGCAAAGCAAGCGACACAAAAAAACAAAUCUCUCCGCAUCUUUGAGUCUCUUUUUGCUGAAAAAGCCACGCUGGUGAAGAGCAGCAAAGGACUGACACGUUGGGCACUCGCGUUCCUCUGGUCCUCACCGCGAGCAGAAAGAGGAACGAUGCCCGGGAAGUCUUUGGCAGAGUUGCCAAACAAAAAAAAAAACCACAAAAACGAAACGCGAGAAUAAUAAAGAAAUCAAAGAUUCAACAACACAAAUCAAACAAACCUUAACGUAAAACUGGUGCUUACAAAGUUGAUUACCCACAACUGAGCAAUCUCCGCUUGAACCACUCAACCCAUCGUGUACUUUCAUUUCUUGGAUAUUUGGAAAUGGCUCUUGCCUGCCUGUGCGUCACGACAGCUCUUGUCAGAACUGGAACGUUGGGAGAUGAUGGUGGAUUUUUAACGGGGAGGGACAGGGAACGAGGACUCACCUGACACCUAAAGGAAAGGGAAGCAGAAGGGGGGGAAUGGUAGCCCAGAUGGAGUCGGCUUUAUUGUCUCCAAAGCCAUCUGAAGAUGAGUUUGUGCCUUUUUUUUUAAUUGAUGGAUUCGGUGCAGCUGGAUUUUCUGAAGUUUGAGGAACAAUGCCUUAAGUAAAAAUUAAU